AUGGGAAAUUUUAUUGGAAAUUGUAAAUAUAGAUGUAGUGUAGGAAUUUCUGAUACAAAAAUUGAAGUUGAUGAAUGGAUUGACAUAAAUAAAUCAAAACCUAAAUGUGAUGUUUUUGAAGUUAAUUGUUAUGAUAAAAAUACUAAAAAGUUAUUAUUUCAAGAUUUAUUUCUUCAAUUAGUAAAAAUAAAUAAUUUUAAGAAAGAAGAACCAACAUUUUUAAUUGAUUCAUAUCCAUUAAAUGAAUUAAAUGAUAAAUAUAGUAUACAUAUAAUUCUUUUGGAUUCAAUUUCACAAUAUAACAUUGAACGUGGUUUUGUUAAGACACUAAAUUAUUUGAAGAAAACAUAUAAAGCAUUUAAUUUUAAAUAUCUUAAUAAAAUUGCUACAAACUCACAACCAAAUGCUUAUGGUUUUUUGAUGAAUAGACGUGUUAUUCCAUUAUUAAAUAUGAAAAAUAGUAAUGUAACACCAUCUGAUUAUGAAAAAAUAGGAAAAUCAUAUUGUAAUGAAUAUUUAGAUAAUGAACCAUAUAUCAUAAAAUAUUAUCGUCAACUUAAUUAUAAAAUUUUAAUUGGAGAAGAUGGAGAUGAAUCUGUAUUUGCAUGGCAAAGAUGUAAAGGUUUUAAUACCUCAUAUUCUCAUCAUACCACAAGACCAUAUAUGUAUCAUUUAAAAAAUAAAAAAAAAUCUAUUUAUAUAGAAAAUUUUCAUAAAAAAUGUUUAAAACGUCAUUCAUUACAUUUGGAUUAUUUAUCAUCAUUCUUAAAGACAUACAAAAAUUCAAAAACAUUUUCAUUAACAUGGCUUUCAAGUAUUUCUCAUUCACAUAUUACAGGACAUUAUCAAUAUGAUAAAUAUUUUCAAAAAUAUUUUAAAAAGAACAAACAAUUUUUUGAUAAUAGUUUUUUAUUUAUAAUGUCUGAUCAUGGAUUUAAAAUGGGUAAUUAUCGUUUUACUGAUAUAGGUGAUUAUGAAGAUAGAAAUCCUUUUCUUAUUAUUUCUGUACCUAAUGAUUUAAGAGAUGAAAAUAAUGAAAUUAUAAAAAAUAUGAAAUAUAAUAUUAACAAACAUAUUUCACAUUAUGAUAUAUAUGCUACAUUACUUGAUAUUGCAACAGAAGCUGGAAGAAAUAAUUUUAAAAUAUUAAAACAAUUUGAUUUAAAUAAAAUUAUUAAGAAUGAUAAAAUUAAAGGAUUAAGUUUAUUAAGAAAAAUUGAAAAAUCUCGAGAAUGUUUUGAUAUGGAAAUUUCUGGUGAACAUUGUUUGUGUAGAGAAAAAUUUUAUACAUUUGAUCAAACAUUUUUACAAAAAAAAUAUAAUAUUAAUGAGGAGGAUAGUCAAGAAAUUUUUAAUAUUAUAAUAAAAAGAAUUAAAAAUAAUUUUUUAAAUUCAUUAAAUUUUAUGAUUAAUAGAGGUAAUGUAAGUAAUAUAUGUAUGCCAUUGAUGUUAAAAAACAAUGGUUUAUUUAUAAUUAAAUAUAAAGAAUUACAAAAUGGAAAAUUAUUUUUUUGGAUUCGUCAAGAAGUUUUACCAAAAGGAAUAUUUGAGGCAUAUUUUUAUGAAAAUGGUGAAAUUGCAAUGUUAUCUCAUUUAAGAAUUGAUCCAUAUAAAAAAUAUACUCAACCAUGUAUUGGACCAGGUGAUUAUGAAAAAUAUUGUUAUUGUAAAAGUUUACUUGAAAAAAGACAAGAAAAAUAA